ACUCUCAGUCAGUCGGAGGCAGGCGGACUGUGCGCCACGACUUCCAUCUGUCCAGCACAUUUACCACCAGAGUCUGACCUCCAAAAAAUAAAUAAAUAAAUCAGCCAACAUGGACCACAUCUAUGACACAAUAGAUAUAGAAAAUGCGCAAGAAGAGCGCCGUGAAGCAGCUGACAGCCCCGAUCCGGAGCCCAAAGACGAGAGCGCAGGUGAGCCGCUGUACAGCCAGGUACAGGUCCACGUCUCCGCGGAGCCAGACCGCAGCUCCCCGGACUACAUGGCCAUCAGGGACGAGGACAAACACAGCUCCUCUUCUUCCAGCGACGACGAGGAGGGUAAAGAUGAAGAAGUAAAAGCAGAGGUGACAGUGGAGGAGCAGCAGACUGUGGUGGUGGAGGAGGUGACUGAGCAGGAGGUGAGCGUCGAGGCGCACGGCGGAUCCAGGCGCUCCUCGUCCUCCUCGGAUUCCCCCGGAGACCCGUGCGACGACGCGCCCAUCCAGCAGAGGAUCCAGGAGGAGGAUAACGCCGAGGAUGGGCUGCUGAUGGCCUACACCUACACUGCAAUCGAGCCGAAGCCGGUGGAGACCGUGGACUACAGCCUCAAAACUCUGGAGAAUGUCAGUCUGGAUGAGAGCGGCGCUGCGCCGGCUGACCCAAGCCAGCCUGAAGUCGCCCUGUUCGUCAAGGCCGGCAGCGAUGGAGAAAGCAUCGGCAACUGUCCCUUCUCUCAGCGUCUCUUCAUGAUCCUCUGGCUCAAAGGAGUCGUGUUCAACGUCACGACCGUCGACCUCAAGAGAAAACCUGCAGAUCUGCACAACCUGGCUCCAGGAACACACCCUCCCUUCCUGACCUUCAACGGAGAGGUCAAGACAGAUAUCAACAAGAUUGAGGAGUUUCUGGAGGAAACGCUCAGCCCCCCAAAGUAUCCCAAACUAGCCGCCAAGCAGAGGGAGUCCAAUACAGCUGGAAACGACAUCUUCGCCAAGUUCUCAGCCUACAUCAAGAACACCAAACCAGAAGCCAACGCCGUUCUGGAGAAGGGUUUGACCAGAGCUCUGAAGAAGCUGGAUGAUUACCUGAACAGCCCCCUGACGGAUGAGAUCGAUGCCGACAGCAUGGAGGAGGAGAAGGGCUCCAGCCGAGGCUUCCUGGACGGCAACGAGCUCACGCUGGCAGACUGCAACCUGCUGCCCAAACUGCACAUAGUCAAGGUCGUUGCUAAGAAGUACCGAAACUAUGACAUCCCCUCCGACAUGACGGGGGUGUGGCGGUAUCUGAAGAACGCCUACACCCGAGACGAGUUCACCAACACCUGCGCCGCCGACUCUGAGAUCGAGACCGCCUACAAAGACGUGGCGAGGAGGCUGGCCAAGUAACCGCCAGCUGAUCCGAGCUGCUACAAAAUAAACUAGCAACACACAACAUGUCCAAAAAAACCAACAUCCCAAACGACACCCUCCAUGUGUCCCUUUGAGUCUCCUUCAGUUUCAUUUACAGAAACCUGAGAUUUUUUAGUCUGUUAUGGUACACAGGUCAGAUGUCUGUGUUGUAGAGCAGCUCAUGGUGCUUUGCAGCUCCAGACUUGAUGGAUUUCUGAAAUUUUCACUGUGCAUAUGGUAUUUCAAUCACACAAGCAGACAUUGCAAAACAGCAGUGGAGCAGGAGAUAAAUCAAACACAUUUAACUUGAGUCGCAGUUCAAAAAGCGGGGGCUCGAAUUUUGCUGCUGUGAAACUUCUGACAUAACUCUUUUUUCGCUCAAACAUGAUUGUGUCUGUCUGUAUUUAUUCCUCAUAACACAAAGCUCUCUUUCAUACGUCCUCCAGCGCACGGCCAAACAUUUUACUAGCUGCUGAUGUCAAGGUCGUUCGCUUUAUUUAUUCCCGAGCCCACAGAAGUCUAGUCUGACUCCAGUGUUUAUUAUCAAGCUCUGGCUCCUGCGGAGACACCUUGAUUCAUCUGUGACCGAUGAUUGAUGCUAAUUGUUCGCUGAAUGUGACUGUUCCAAUCUGCAGUUUCAAUCCCGUCGUCACUCAUUCCUGUGGGUGUUGCUGUAGUUUUUUUUUUUUUUUUUUUGUUUCCUCGAGCUUCCAUGUGUCUCUGGGUCAAUAUAUAAUUGUGGGACUUUUUGUAACAUAGCUGACAGGUAUCAUAGUUGACAUUUUUGCUGUUUUCAGGUCUAAAAUCAACAUGGCUGCAUAUAACCAAACACCACAUGGCAUUUUUACAGAAAGAUUCUUCUAAAUAUUAUAUAUACAGUUGAGUAAAAUUGAAAUUGAAAGUUAUUUCUAAAGAUAUUGUAGUAAACCUGUUGACUACUUUAUAUUAAAUAAGUCAGAAAGUCUUGGAGUCUGGCCAGUCUUUUCUUCAGGAGGAAGUGACAUCAUGUGGAGCAGGUCAUGUGAUCUGGAAUUAACACACUUCCUUGAGAGGUGUUUUUGUAAUGGGGAACUUAGUGGAAAGUGAUUUCUGGGACACAGAUACAAUUAGUUAUUUUCCAUCUAAAAUUUGAUAUAUUGCCAAAAAAGAAAUAUCUGUCAUGAUUAUCUCAACUUAAUAAAAAGAACACAAUCAGAACUAUUUCUGAAUCAGCUCAAUUUAUUAUUGUUUAGCUAAUUAGAAGGUGGUUGUUAUUAAAUUGAGACGGUUAUUUAGUUGACAUUUUAGUGAUAUCUAGUCAGUUUUUUAUUAAUAAGUGAUUGUUUUCAUAAUAAAUAUUUCUGGAAUUUGUAAAGACAUGAACAUAAAAAAAACAUUUUUUUUUAACCUUUUAAGAAAAAUGUAUGCAAGAUAUAUCCCAUGGACUUCAAAAGUCCCUCAAUUAUAUACUGAUCCCUCUACAUUCACACCAGCUUCUGAAAGCUUGAUUUUAAGUUUAAAAAAUUUUAGUUAAAAGAACAAAAUUUAGCUUGGAACAAAGCUCAGUCCUGAAUCGCUUGCAUGCAUGAAUCUGUAACCUGAUAAAGAAAAAAUCUUCAAUUAUGUGCCUUUAAUUUGAAAGCAUUAGAAAUCCACACCAAUGUCACUGAUGGACUCAUUCUGAAAAAAUGUAUCGCAGCCAGAGCCGAGACAUUUGUUUUGCCUCUGGCUAUUAGUGUUCGGUCGACGGUAUUGAUUUUGUCUUGAGUUACACAUGAUAUUAUAAAUGGAGAGAGUAUUUAUUCAGCAGCCCCAAUCAGGCCUGAUUAGCUUGAGCCAUUAGCGCCGCGAUGAAAAGCGUCUUCCAGGGCCAGGUCUGCCACGAUGGUCAGGAGCCCUGCCCUCCAGCCCCUUCAUCAGAAAGACAUUUCCGAAUCGACAUCCUAAAAAGUUAAAGUUCAAAAGUUUCAUUGUCCACACAGGAGGAGGAAGGAGGAGGAUGGAAAUUUGUCUUGGGGCUUAUCGUCUUUGGCUUGUUGUCAGGCUGCAGCUACAGCGAGACUUCCUUGAAGAACCAUAAGACUCUUGUGUGGUUUUGGACAAACGUGAUAUGAAACUGGAGCAUGAUGACUGAGAGGCUUGCACACUGCGAAGCUCUACAAAUAAAAUAAUAUUUUCACA